CGGUAGUGCUGACUGCGCGUGAGUCGCUCGAGCAGGUCUCAGUCUCGUAGCGUUCUCCUCUGUUCGCCCUUUAUAUUAAUAUUAAUAAUUGCAGUUUUAUGUUGUAAUUCCUCCGAGAAGCGCGGUGUUUAAUAAACCCUGCCGUCCCUCUCAGGCACCAUUGAGCCUCCGGAGCAGCCCAGGAUGCCGAACAUUAAGAUUUUCAGCGGCAGCUCGCAUCCGGAUUUAUCGCAGAAGAUUGCGGACCGGCUGGGGCAGGAGCUCGGGAAGGUGGUGACAAAAAAAUUUAGCAACCAGGAGACAUGUGUGGAGAUCGGAGAGAGUGUGCGUGGAGAAGACGUGUACAUCAUCCAGAGCGGCUGUGGUGAGAUAAAUGACAAUUUGAUGGAGUUGUUAAUCAUGAUAAACGCCUGUAAGAUAGCCUCGGCCUCCAGAGUGACCGCCGUCAUCCCCUGCUUCCCCUACGCCCGGCAGGACAAGAAGGAUAAGGUGGGGAGUCGUGCCCCGAUCUCCGCUAAGCUGGUGGCAAAUAUGCUCUCUGUAGCGGGAGCUGAUCACAUCAUCACCAUGGACCUGCACGCAUCACAAAUACAGGGCUUUUUCGACAUCCCUGUAGACAAUCUGUACGCCGAGCCGGCCGUCCUCAAGUGGAUCAGAGAGAAUAUAAACGAAUGGAAAACCUGCACCAUCGUUUCUCCUGAUGCUGGAGGAGCUAAGAGAGUGACCUCCAUAGCGGAUCGUCUGAAUGUGGACUUCGCUCUGAUCCAUAAGGAGAGGAAGAAGGCGAACGAAGUGGACCGCAUGGUUCUGGUCGGAGACGUCAAAGACCGGGUCGCUAUUUUAGUGGACGACAUGGCAGACACCUGCGGGACAAUCUGCCACGCUGCGGAGAAGUUAGUCUCUGCCGGUGCGACUAAAGUCUACGCCAUCCUGACCCAUGGGAUCUUCUCCGGACCUGCCAUCUCCCGCAUAAAUAAUGCCAACUUCGAGGCGGUGGUGGUGACCAACACGAUCCCCCAAGAGGACAAGAUCAGACAGUGUGACAAGAUACAGGUCAUCGACAUCUCUAUGAUUUUGGCCGAAGCCAUCAGACGAACCCACAACGGAGAGUCUGUGUCCUACCUGUUCAGCCACGUACCUCUAUAACACACACACACACACACACUUCAGACACACACAUACACUAUACACGCACACUUUUUUGCCAAUAUUUAAUUUAAAUAUAAAACAAAACGAGAUAUUAUUUGUCAUCACUUGACAACUGCAGACACACCCCUCAUUUCCGGAGCUCACAUACGACUUCAUUAAUUAAUGACCGCGUCGCGUUGUGAUCGUACGAUUAGGAGUCUAGAGGGGUUUAAAAUCUAAAGCUGCCUGAGGAACAUUUCGCUCCCUGUCCACGUGAGGACGUAACGAUUAAAGUGUUUCUGCCUGUGACGGAGUAGAACUUUCCUCAACAUCACACAUUUAUUGCUUUUUUCUCUUUCAGGAAGAAUAUAAAUCAGGUGAUACAGUGGGCGUUACUGUAUGUGCGAUGCAUUAGAUAUUUUUUAUUCUUGUAACAUUGUUUAUUGUUUUGUCGCUUCCCGAGCUAGCGUAGCUAACGGGUGUCUAACAAUCCUGAAAAAUACUAAUAAUCCGAAACAUUUUAUUUUUCAUAGCUACGACUUCCUGUCAGUUCCAAUGUAAAACCUGAGAAGGGAGGAGUCUUAGUGGGCGGAGUUAUAUUAGAAAGAGUUACUGGUAUAUUCCUACGUACUAUUUGUCUUUGUACCUUUUUGUAAUUUUUCAGUUUCCAGGUCCCAAAACUAAACAAUGACAUCCUUACUACGCUAUGAGCUAGCUAGCUACAAAGUACCUCAUCUCCAGAGAUUGUUCUCAAAAGUUGUGAAGUUGCUCGUUUUACUCGAACGCGGCGUCUGUAAGCGGAAAGCCGAAAGAGGGAGAAAGAAAUUCCUUCCAGCACUUAUUAUUAUUAUUAACGUGAAGAAGAGAAUAUCUGUCCAUUUUGUUUAGAUUUUUUUCUUUCUUUUCCAAACGUAGUAGUUCCUACGGCAGCUGUUUUAUUAUUAUAUAAUUUUUUAAAGAAGUUUUUGUCGUCAUGGUUACUGAGGAUUCAGGUUUGCACUGGAAUGGCGCACGCUCUGUUCAGGAGGUUUUUACGCUGCUCAUGUUUUGUGUUUACACACUGCUCGAAGGCGUAGCUGUUCGCAAAGUGCCUUGUAUUGCUGAUCACACACACACAUAUAUAUUGUACAUACACUCUCUCUCUCUCUCUCUCUCUCUCUCUCUCUCUCUCUUGCAUGUUUUACUCUCUGUUUUGAAGGUGGAGGACGGCCUGGACGUCUACUCGUUGUCCUACUGUCCAUCGUUGUGGAGUAGCUUCGGUUAAUCAUGCUCCAUCCUCCACCAAUCAGAAUUCAGCAUGUAAUUUUACUUUAAUCUGAAUGUAAAGUAAAUACUACAAUAAAUCAUCUUCAGUUACUCAUGACUCCUGA